AUGGCAGUACUCGCAGCUAUUCUACCGGUGGUUUCGAGGAGUUCGGCUCUUGCGUUGGACCUGUUUAAGACAGCUGCUGCAUCACCUGAUGCGGCAAAAGAGCUGGUGGAGAUCGCAAACAGGAUCAACGGAUUCGCCAGUAUUCUUAAGCAAGUCGGCACAAUCAUUAAGGAGGAUGAUCGGUUACCGUCGCCAGAGGCAUUUGAUGUAUUAGACGAUGUAAUAGAACAAUCACAGAAUGUUAUGGGUAGCCUCGAAUCGGCUGUAUCCACACAGGAAUCUCAGCACUAUAACCGAAGGGAUAGCGCUCGUUAUGCAGGGGAUAUUCGUCCGCUAUCAGAUCCACCUAUGGCAACAAGACUGGCGUAUCUGGUGGCUCAUCUCGAGGCUUUGAGCACUACUUUAUCGGUGUUACUACAGACAUUGUACACUGCUCAGAGUGUUAUGUGGUCAAAACUGCGUCCUACAGUAUCGCCACAGCAAGCAGCUAAAGUUGUUGACAACGAAAAGACGCAACUGGAGACCCUCAUUAUCCAACAACAAUUGUCAAUUUUUGCCGCCUCUAAGAUUUUCGAAAAUGCGUCACAGUCAGAUGCGCGUUUGUUGAUGGAAGACGACAGCUCACAGAGUUUGGUCAAAGCCGAGCGGGAUGAACCGCCUAUGCCAGCUCGCCUCUAUUCAUACCAAAAUCAAGAGCUACGUGGCCUCGAAACAUCGACGCAUACAGAAUCUAAGAGACUCCUUUCCGUGUGCAGCACAUCUGCAUCACAUGGCGAACAGCUACUUGGACGAUGGACCAGUUUGCCUCAGUUCGAGAGGCGUCUUCAAGAUGAGGAGCUUGAACAACGGAAGCAGAGACAGCAGAAUCAGCAAGCUACAGUUGAAUCGGAUAGCGAAGAAGAGCGGGUUCGACGAUCCAGGGCCUCGGGUGAUAGCAAACGAGGAUCAGACGGGUCGAGAGAUACACAGCCGUUGUUCAUGGAAAACAAUAUACCCAGUCCAGAGUCUGAGAAAAGUUUUAACCCUCAAGUAUCACCAACUCCUGCCGACACGCCCCACAAUUCCAACACGAAUCUCUCAUCUGAGUCAUUAAGGACCAGUGUAGCAAGCCUCCCAGUGGAUGCUGCCGCUGCUAUGGAAGCCAAGGAAGAAGACGAUGUGGAUCUUGAGAUACCGUGGAAGCUAUGCACACGAAAGUAUUAUUGGAGAUAUAUUGACGCUAAGCAAGUCAGUUCAAAUACUGACCAAGCGCCAUCUAUUGCAUUUUCGGAGCGGAAUAGCUGGACUGAAAUAAUGGCGAGCUGGGUAUGCAAAGAAGCUAUUCAAGAAGCGCGGCUACCAUACACUCAAGUGCAGAAAGAGAGAAGGAAUAGCAGACGAACAAGGUUUGAGACAUGUUUCUGCAUUGAGCGGCCGCUGCAGUUUGACCAAGUCAAGCGUCUCGUAGAACGGACAGUUGAGAUAUAUAGAAAGAAUGCGCCGCCUACUCCGCCGGCCGAACCCAAGGCAAGGACUUCAUCCUUCCACCGGCAGCCACCACCAUCACCCAUGGCACUGAAGAGCAACCCGAUUGACCGAGACCGCACUCCGGUAGCUCGUAACACGCAUCCGCCUUUUCAUCGUGCGACCAGCUCCCUGAGCUCUUCACUCCCACCUCCACCCGCAGGACCGCCGCCUCUGGAUCGCUCCAUAUCCAUGCCAGGCCCAGGUCUUGUUCCUCCACUACCACAAACGCUUGUAAACGCACGCACACCAAAUCUACAGAUCCCGAUACCUCCAGGCCAGCAGUAUGGCCAACAUCACCCGCCACCACCUCAGUCUCCUCGACACCCUUAUUAUCCAACCCAACCGAGCAGUUAUCCGUCUCAGCCGACAAACAAUAGUGCUCCAUCUUACUAUCCGCAAUCGCCAGUACAGAAUAUACCACUACCUUACCCCAACAAUACUACUACACACCCACCACACCUCCGCUCCUCGCACUCAUCCUACAACAUAAACUACAAUGCCAGCCACCCAAUGCAAGCCUCCCCUCUCCGCUCAUCUUACAUGAGCAACCCCGCCCCCGGAUACCCAACAGGCCCACCAUCCUCGGCAUCAAACAGACGCUACGAUGACGACCUAACGACGUCGGAAUCUGAACUUGACCGGCCACGACGUAGCAGGAGAGAGCGCGAGAGGAGCCGAUCCAGGUACACGGAUCGAUAUGGCGAUGGUGCCAAGUAUGGUAGUGGAAAAAAGAAUCAUACGGGGAGAAAGGCAGCGGCAGGUGCGUUGUUGGGAGUUGGUGGGUUGACGGCAUUGUUGGACGGGCUGACUGGAUUGUAA